AUAGUGUUGUAUACGCAAUUUUUUGAAAUACCUUUUAACCUCAUUUAUUGUUUUUAACGCUUUCUAAAUACAAGAAAUACCUUCAGAAUAAGCACAAACAUAUAAACGGAUGAGUUUUUCUUCCUAACGAUGGCUUUACCAUUUCUUCCUGGCUAUAAUUUUAAUAAAAAUAUUGGAAAGGAUAAGUUCCACAAGUCACAUUACCUAACACUGAAAGGCAAUGAAGCCUAUAUGCACGGCGAUGACAAGCCAGGUAUUGGUGGGGAAAAACUACCAGGACAAAGAAUCAAUGCACCAACUAGCGUCUAUCCAUCUGGAAUAGGUAGUCAGCUUCCUGCGUGGUUGGCUUUUGAUAAACAGGUACGAAAUGGGCAAAAAUUAUAUGUUUCAUUUAUCACAUACGAAGCAAAACAAGUAGGCACAUUAUGGUGAUUCAAAAGCAUGUUGCAGUAAUUAUAAUAAAAGGUGGAUGAUCAACAAUAAAUAAAUGCUGCAAAACUAACACUCCUGAACCUUCCUUUCUUAAUACAUUGAUGUCUUUGAUCAUGAUGAAAUAUCGGUCUUUCCCGAAUGAAAAGAUCUAUCGAAUCAUGAAUGAUUGAAUACCACUGAGUUUUACUUAAUUUACGAAAGUCUUAUGUGAGGUUCAUGAGCUGCUUUAAAGUACACCACAUAAAUCAUAAUCUGGCUGUUGAUUAGCUAAAUAUAUAAAGACAUAAAACUGCCUUCCUAACGCUAGUUUUUGCAAGGGAGAAGACAAUCAUUUUGCACCAGCUCGUUUAAGAUAUUAUAGAAUUUCGCAAUUAAUAAUAAUAUUUUUUCUUUAUUCGCUCAGCUCUGUCUUAUUAGGUUCAAAUGCUGUGGGUUUUCCUCGUCAAUUGUCUACGUAGGAUUUUUGAGUCAGUUUUUAUGAGUUAUAUGGAUCCUUUUCAAUUAUUCAAUAUAUAUUUUUUGGUGCAUGGUUGUGGAGAUUGUGAUUUUACUUUUCUUAAAAAUGGCACGAAAAUCGCCACUAAUUUUAGAACUGUUUAGUAUUUAUAUGUUUAAUUUUCAGCCUUCAAAAUCCGUUAUUCCUUUUGUGAUAAAAAAAUAAAUUCCAUGUUUAAGAAAUCUGCCUAGUUCGAAGGAUCAAGACUAAGGCUCCGUUUUUUCUGUGAUGAAAUAGAAAUCAACUCAAUUUUCGAAGUAAUUACUCAUAUAUUAAGGAAAGCGUUCCGUAUACCGUGAGUUUGUUAGUUACGUAGAAUUUUAGAAAAGCUUUUAUUUCAAUGAUGCUAUGGUCUUUCCGCAACUUUUGAAGUGGAUAUUUGUGUUAGUAAUUAGGUCUUCCAUUUAGCAGUGAAUACACAAAUGUUUUGUUUGACAGUGACCUUAUACUUGUUUGUAGUUAUAAUCUGUUGAGGCUGGAGUAGGUAUAAUUAUGUAGCUUUUAAGAUACAACAGUUGGUGUAUUUUGAUAUGGAGUAAGUAAGAUAUUACCUAUCAUAUCGAUUGUAACUUCCAUCUGUAGUAAGUUUGGAUUCGUCUUGAACAAGUGGGUUUCGGGUAUGUGAAAAGUUUGGAGUAAGAGAGUAUGGAUUGUAGGUACCAAGUGAUCAUGAACAACACAACAUCUAAUUAGGAUUAAAACUCUUCAUAAUUCGUAGCAGCCCAAAAUUAAGCAAGUAAUGUUCAGGGACACGUGAACCUUAGCAGAUCCUUUCUACCUAUCAUGUGUGAAUACACAUUGCGCAGAAUUAAAUUUAAUCAAACGUAUUGAUUUAAUAAAAGUUAGCGACCACUUGAAACAUUUAUGUUUAUUAUUUGAUGUCUGAUAUUAUGCAUGUGUCAUAUUUCUUAAAAUAUUUGGGGAAUCGUGCAAAACACUUGGAUUUACUUGCAAACAACCGAGAGCGUCAUGGAAACUUACUGUUCCAGUAAAGGAUCUAGAAUUAUUUUUCUGCUAGUCAUGCCCUAGCUAAACUUAAAUCUUGUAUAGAUCGUUUUUGUUUACAUUACUUUCUAUGAAUUUACUUCCUUCACGUUUUCAUUUAACGGACGGCUUUAUUUUCUAAUCUUUUAUAACUAGGCCUUAUCUUUUGAUGCGUAUUUUCAAGAGUCCGUUAAUGAAAGACGUGAAGAACAAUACCGCAUAAGAAAAUGUAAAAUCUUAUUUUACCCAGAGGAUGACACUAUUCAAGUAGUUGAGCCACGUAUUGCGAACACUGGAAUGGCUCAGGGAACAAUUAUUAAACGGCACCGUAUUUCCAAACCUGUACCAAAUGAGCAUCUCUAUUAUACUGUGCAUGAUUUCAAUGUGGGAACAGAGUUUGUAGCUUAUGGAAAAACAUUUCGAAUUGUCUCUUGCGAUCAAUUUACAUCAAAUUUCCUACGUAAACUUGGUGUAACAUUAGGUAAACCGGAAUCAAUACCAGAUGAUCCUUACAGUAUUCAUCGUAAAGCUUUUACUGAGAGUAUGCAACCACUCAGACCAUAUGAAAGAAUGGAUAAACGUCGUCAAUUUCUUGACCAUGAUCGUCAUGUGUUAAGAUUUUUCUGCUUUUGGGAUGAUACAGAAUCACUUUAUGGUGAUCCUAGAGAAAUGAUAUUAAAUUAUUUUCUAGCGGACGAUACAAUUGAAAUACGUGAAAUUAUACCAGCUAACUCAGGUCGUGAUGCUGUUCCAUGCUUUUUACGCCGUCAAAAGCUACCUCGUACAGUUAUUCCAAUACCGUUGCCUGGUGUAGUGACCGACAGAACAUUAUUAAAUGUAUUUGGUCAUCCACAAAGAGGUGGACAUUAUGUACUCGAUAGUUUAAAGCUUGGUGCACCUAAAGAUAAUUUUUAUAAAGAUAAUGAUUUAAUAAUCGGUGCAAAUAUUAAUGUUUAUGGUAGAAAGUUUUUAAUAUACGAUUGUGAUGAAUUUACUAAAGAGUAUUAUCGUAUCAAAUAUGGUAUACAAGAUUUCACCCCAGUUAAACCUAAGCUUCAAGAUCAUAUAGCCACUGUGAAACGUGAAAUUCCGCCAUAUAACGGUUGGGGUACUGAUGAAGACUCACUAGCUAAUUGUUACAGUUUAAUACCAAAAGCACCAAAUCAUAAUUUUAAGAAAUUCAUGGAAUUAGAUCGUCAAGGUUUAGAAUCUCAUAUAUUACGUUUCGCUGGACGUUUAUUGUCUGGACGACCGAUAGAUCGUGAUCGUCAGUUUGUGAUUAGUUGCUACUUGUCAGAUGAUACAAUUUCAAUUUUUGAACCUCAACAAAAGAAUUCAGGUUUCCAAGGUGGUUUAUUCUUAGAACGAUCAAAAAUAAAGAAACCUGACAGUAAAUUAUUUGAUAACAAACCAUUGGAAUAUUAUAAACCUACAGAUUUAUAUGUUGGUGCUAAACUGGAUUUCAAUUCAUUUCUAUUUGAAUUAACUGAAGCCGAUGAUUAUACAUUAGACUACAUGGAGAAACAUAAAACACAAUUUAAAGAAGCUGACUGUCAAUUAAUAUUGAAUAAAUUAAUAACAAUAUUGAACAAUGAACAACAUGAUGAAAUUAUCAAGUAUGCUGUAAAUCAAGAUCCAGAUGAUACAGGGACAUUUGGCUUUGAUCAAAUGAUAAAUUUAAUUAAUCAGUUGACUGGUAAAGAAAAUGCGUUAACAACCCAUGAACUUGGUACAUUGGCAAGACAUUAUGGUGUUAGACCAUCCAAGCAAAUAAGGCUUGAAAUUUUACUUGGGAUUGCACAACAAACACUUCGUAGAAAAGCAUUUGAAGAUUUCUCCAGUUUAAUGACUGCCUGUCGCCAACAAGAUGCCGAUAAAACAGGUGAAAUGGACCGUCAUGCAAUAAGGCGCAUAUGCUUAGCUCAUCACCUACCAUUACCUGAUGAUAUGUUGAAUUCACUUAUGGAUUGUUCAGUCAAUCAAAAUAAUUCAAUACAAUAUGAACAAUUCAUUCAUCAACUGAAUUGGAAAAAUUUUGAAACUAAAGAAUUAUCUAAUCAAGAAUCAUUUCAUUACAUUGAGAAUAUUGAUAUUGAUUGGUUACCAAUAAGUAAAGGUGAUACACCAAAAUCAAUUGGUUUAAGUAAAAAAUCAAAAGUGGAAAGAAUCAAUUAUAAACAAUUAAUUAAUGAUUUAUUUAAGAAGGAUUUAUUUCAUUCAUCAACUGAUUAAUCAAUCAAUCUAAUAAUGAUCUGUAUACGAAAUAAAAACUGCACAUUCGCUUU